ACUAACUUCCUCAUUCACUUCCUCUUCGCACUUCCCAUUUAUUCGUCAGAAUUUAUCAGAACUCUGCAAAUCUUAAAACAGACACCACCAAAGAACUUGCAAAGAAUGUUUUAUUUUUCUCAUUUAAAUUAGAUUCUUGAUUAAAGGGCUUUUUGGGUAUUUUUCAGUUGUAGUUCACUGUUGUGCUUUGCCCACUUUUUCUUAAGACUUGUGUUUGUUUGUGUUCACAUUAGAAGGGGAAAAUAGACUGGAAGAUUUAAAAGAGUAAAGGGUUUUGAAAAAAACCAUUUUCUUGGGUUUAUUGUUUCCCUUCUUGGGAUGGAGCUAAAGAAGGAGAGAUUUGUAAGGUUCUACUCCGGUGAAAAACAACAGGGUGGCUUUUUGGGAGGAAAAGCAGACAGUUCAAACUUAGAGAAAUCAUCUUCGGGAUAUAGAUAUUCAUCUCCUUUAUACUCUGAUGGCAGAUAUAAAGUCAAUGAUACCCUUAAAUUUGGGAGGUCUAAGGUGUAUCCUGAGGACCACAACGGGUCAUGGAGGAAGCGAAUACUUGAUCCGGGGAGUGAUAUUGUAAUCCAAUGGAAUAGGAUUUUCAUUAUAUCUUGCUUGCUGGCUUUGUUUGUUGACCCGUUGUACUUCUUUUUGCCCAUCAUACAAGGAACUAAAGAGUCGAGUUGUGUGAAAUCAGAUUUGAAUUUGCGAAUUGUUGUCACCAUUUUCCGAACUAUAGCUGACUUUUUCUAUCUGUUACAUGUGUUCAUUAAAUUCCGGACUGCUUAUAUUGCCCCAAAUACAAGGGUAUUCGGGAAGGGUGAGCUUGUCAUGGAUCCUAAAAAGAUUGCUCUCAGAUAUUUAAGAUCAGACUUUUUUGUUGAUCUGAUUGCAACCCUUCCUCUGCCUCAGAUGGUUAUCUGGUUUAUUAUACCAGCGACAAGAAGCCAGCAUGCUAAUCAUAACAAUAAUGCCCUAGCGCUGAUUGUCCUACUUCAGUAUGUUCCCAGAUUGUAUCUUAUAUUCCCAUUAAGUUCACAGAUUAUCAAAGCAACUGGAGUUGUCACAAAAACUGCUUGGGCAGGGGCUGCAUAUAAUCUACUUCUCUACAUGUUGGCCAGUCAUGUUAUAGGGGCAGCAUGGUAUUUGCUUUCAGUUGAUCGAUAUACUUCAUGUUGGAAAUCAAUAUGCCGAAAUGAAAACAGCUCUACGCAGUGUGUGCUUCGCUACUUGGAUUGUGAUACUUUUGACCAAAAUACUCGUAAGAGUUGGGCAAAUAUCACCAAGGUUUUUGAAAGUUGUGAUCCUGAUGGGGAUAGUACUUUCAAAUACGGAAUAUUUGAAAGCGCAGUUAAAAAGGAUGUUGUCUCCUCAAGGUUUAUGGCAAAGUACUUCUAUUGCUUGUGGUGGGGCUUACAACAACUGAGUUCUUACGGGCAGAAUUUGUCAACGAGUACAUUUAUUGGGGAGACAUCCUUUGCUAUACUUAUUGCAAUUUUGGGUCUGGUUUUGUUCGCACACCUUAUUGGGAAUAUGCAGACAUACCUGCAGUCUUUGACGGUGAGGCUCGAGGAAUGGAGACUCAAGAGAAGAGAUACUGAAGAGUGGAUGGAGCAUCGUCAACUUCCAGAAGAUUUGAGAAAGCGGGUUAGGCGUUUUGAUCAAUAUAAAUGGGUUGCUACUAGAGGAGUAGAUGAAGAGACAAUUUUGCAUGGUCUGCCUACUGAUCUUCGUCGUGACAUCCAACGUCAUCUUUGCCUGGACCUUGUCCGACGGGUUCCAUUUUUCUCCCAAAUGGAUGAUCAAUUACUUGAUGCAAUAUGCGAACGUCUAAUCUCGUCCUUAAGCACCGAAGGCACCUAUAUCGUCCGUGAAGGAGAUCCAGUUACAGAGAUGUUAUUUAUCAUCAGAGGUAGGCUCGAGAGUUCUACUACAAAUGGUGGUAGGACUGGUUUCUUCAAUUUCAUCACAUUGAGGCCUGGAGAUUUUUGCGGAGAGGAGCUACUCGCUUGGGCUUUGCUUCCAAAAUCAACUGUGAACUUGCCUUCUUCAACCAGAACAGUCAGGGCACUUGUUGAGGUGGAAGCAUUCGCGUUGAGAGCCGAGGAUCUCAAGUUUGUCGCUAACCAGUUUAGACGUCUUCAUAGCAAGAAGCUCCAGCAUACAUUCCGGUUCUACUCUCACCAUUGGCGUACAUGGGCAGCAUGUUUCAUACAGGCUGCAUGGAGGCGACACAAGCGGAGGACAAUGGCGAAAGAUCUUGCAGCACUUGAGUCAUUUGCUCUGGAUGAGAGAACGGUCGAUGAGACAGAACAAAGUGAGGAGCAAGAUCAAGGUAACGCUAGCUCAAAUCCAUCCCCGAGAAUAUCCCACCUUGGAGUCACAAUAUUGGCUUCGAGAUUUGCUGCAAACACAAGAAGAGGAGCUCAAAAGCUUAAAGAUGUACGUUUGCCUAAGUUACAAAAACCUGAAGAGCCUGAUUUUUCAGCUGAGCCUGAUGACUAGUAACUUGCAUCAGGUAGAUAUAUCCUACAGCUAAUAGUUUUCAUUCAGAUAUCGAUAAGAUGACCAAUUCUAAAAAUGAAGUUUUCUGUAAAACGUUCUUGCACUCGGAUCAUCGUUGUAAAUGUGGAAAAACGUGUUUCUAGACGAUAGAGAGUGCUGUAACCUGAGAAGUUUUGGCAAGGGAAUGCGGGACCGGUUUUUUUCCUUUUUGGUUAAUGUAAUUGUAUUUAAUAGUAGUAGGUUUUUCAGUAGCAGGAUGCUCUUCUGUACUAUAUAAACUAAAUAACUUCUUGAGUUAUCUGUAAAAGCUCUCUUUUAAGAGUUGCUAGUUCCAUACUACCAGUAAAUAAGCAUUUUAUUCAAAUUUUA